GAGCGCUCAGGGGCAGGUGACACAGUUGUGGUUCCUAAACUCUGGCUUGACAAUCUCAUCCCCGCCCAUUUUCAGGAGAUCGCCAGACUCGGCCAUACGCGCGCGCGCACGCAAAGGACCAUAAAAGCAGCUGCAGCGCGGAAAAACAGAGCUCGCCCACCUACGAGCAGCUGCCGCGCCAUGUAUGUGAACGGCAAAGUGGCGCUGGUGACCGGCGCGGCGCAAGGCAUAGGCAGAGCCUUUGCAGAGGCACUGCUGCACAAGGGAGCCAAGGUAGCGCUGGUAGAUUGGAAUCUUGAAGCAGGUAUGAAGUGUAAAGCUGCUUUGGAUGAGCUGUUUGAACCUCAGAAAACUCUAUUCCUUCAGUGUGAUGUGGCUGACCAGGAACAACUAAGAGGUUUCUGUUAUCAGUGGAACCUAUCUUGGCUUGGAUUACAUGAGUAAGCAAAAUGGAGGUGAAGGUGGCAUCAUUAUCAAUAUGUCAUCUUUAGCAGGGCUCAUGCCUGUUGCUCAACAGCCUGUUUAUUGUGCUUCAAAGCAUGGUAUAAUUGGAUUCACACGCUCAGCUGCGAUGGCUGCUAAUCUCAUGAACAGUGGCGUAAGAAUGAAUGCCAUCUGCCCUGGCUUUGUUAAUACACCCAUCCUUGAGUCCAUUGAAAAAGAAGAAAACAUGGGACAAUAUAUAGAAUACACAGCUCAUAUUAAGGAUAUGAUGAAAUACUAUGGAAUUCUAGACCCAUCAGUGAUUGCCAAUGGUUUAAUAACUCUCAUUGAAGAUGAUGCUUUAAAUGGUGCUAUUAUGAAGAUCACGAUGUCUAAGGGAAUUCAUUUUCAAGACUAUGAAACAACUCCAUUUCAUGGAAAAGCUCAGUGAACAUCUU